GAAGUUGUUACCGUGUAUGUCUUGUUGUUAUGUAUGUUGUCAGGGGCACCAAGAUAGCACUCUGCUAUGUUAGCUACUAACAGAUUAGGGGAUUUAGUUAAUAAUGACAUAUUUACUAACGCAACAAAACGGGCUUUUUCACAUCUGCGUUUGUGCACCGAAGCGCAUCUUUAAUCUGACCAAAAACCUGCGGUGAAGGCAUCGUUUUUCCAUCGAAACAGACAGGGUUUGCGAUCCCGGCGAAUGUUGUCAGGUAGACAUAUGGAAUACACAUCCACACUGAAAUCACUGAGGUUAAACUAGUCGAAACGAAACAUGGAAACCAUUCAGGACAGUCUACAGCAGCAGGAGGACUCGGGUGUCAGCGACGAUUCAUCCUCAUCGCCCUACAAGCCUUCCCUCCGCUCCACUCGACUGACCGCCCAGAGGAGCAGUGUCUGCUCUCGGGCAUACUUCGUCGUGGUGAUGGUUUUCUUUCACGUCUACAUCCUGAAUGUUAUCGCCCUGUUGCUGUACGUGCACUACAAUAAUGGCCACGGCGACCCUGUCGGUGACGACCGGCCUUCCUCUCCAUCUGUCAGCGAGGGUGAAAGCCCAUCUCUUCAUCCAGCGCCUCCUCCAAGGGAGCCUCGAGUGGUUGAGCACAGCCAUAGUUUUAGACUUCAUCGCAUUGAAGGAAUCAGAGUGGGACAUGUUCAGCCAGUUUCACUUGUGUCGGACAGAACACACAAGAUGAAAACGCUCAGCCUGAAGCCUCUGUUAUUUGAGAUCCCUGGCUUCCUGUCUGAGGAGGAGUGCCGAGUGGUGGUGCAGCUGGCUCACCUGAAGGGUCUGAUGGAAAGCCAGAUGACAGCAGGCAGCAAGGAGCAAGACGAGUCAAACCAGCCACUUCUUUCUCUGAGCACUGAGGAGGUCUUUAGUCUGUUGGAUCUGAACCAGGAUGGGCUGCUACAGAAACAGGAGAUUGUGAGUCACUCACUCUCUCAAGAUGGGACUUGGUUGAGUCCGGACAACCUGCGUCAGAUACUCACUGGUCUGAAAGACUGCUCAACAGGGCUGAACCUGGAGGAGUUUAAGCAUGUUUACGAUGUGUCCCAAGACCCAGGACAAGAACAAAGUGAGAAGCUCCGCAGUGUGUUCAAGCAGAGAAGCAAGCAUACGUGGCUUCAUCAAGGCCCUGAAUCCCAUCAUGUGUUACAGACACUAAGGAACCGAGUAAUCAGCCUUACACGUCUGCCUACCGCAUUGGUUGAGAUGAGCGAGCCUCUACAAGUAUUUCGUUAUGAGCUCGGCGACUUCAGCAAUGCCCAUCACGACAGCAGCCCAACCCGUGCAGAGACCGCCUGUGCACACACACGACUGGCUGGAAAUGCUUCCAUCUUCACAGAGGUUUCCUGCAGGUAUCUUACUGUGUUGAUCUACCUGAGCUCUGUAGAGGAGGGUGGCGAGACCACGUUUCCCGUGGCGGACAACCGUACCUACGACGAGCAUGCAUUGAUCCAAGAUGGAGUUGAUUUAGCAGACACCCGGGAGACAUGUGGGCGAGGGAACCUGAGGAUAAAACCCACUGUGGGGACGGCACUCCUCUUUUACAACCAUCUCUCUGAUGGUCAAGGUUGGAUGGGCGAACUUGAUGAGUAUUCCCUGCAUGGAGACUGCCCAGUGAAGCAUGGCCUGAAGUGGGUCGCUCACUGCUGGGUAAAUGUGGACCCAGACCACCAGCAGCAGGCCCGUUACCAGAGACUAGUUGCUGAAAGGUAUCAAGCUAAGUCAGGCAUGGAGGAACAUUCCCAACCACUUUCACACAUUGACCUCCACCAGGAUCUCUAACCAAGUCCCUGCAACUACUUCAUAAUUUAUCUUUACCUCAAUGUUGUAUACAUCCAUCCGUCCAUUUUUUGUACUGCUUGUCCUCCCAGCUGACUUGAAAGAGGCGGGGUACUCCCUGGACCAGUCAAUCACGAAGCAUACAGUAUAGACAAACACACAUUUACCUUCACACUUACAGUAUGAGCAAUUUAGAGUCUUGAAUUAGCGCAACAUGCAUGUUCUUGGGAUGUAAGAGCAAGCCACAGAGAUUUGAACCCGGGUCUCCAGAAUAAGUUGCUAACCACUACCACAAAUGUUCUAUACAGUUAUAUAAAAAUUGCUGACAGCACAGUUCAAAUACAGUAGCUUUCCAGUAUCACAAUUUGGUCUUUUAUGUCAGUUUUGUAAGGGAAGAUAAGUUAUUAUAAAGCUCAGGUGGGCUGAUGUAUUUAUGUAGAUGCUUUUUUAAAUGUAUAACCAUAAGUCACCAUUUAAAUUAGAUAUCAGAUAUUUAAGAAGAAAGGCUUUACAUUGAGUUAGUGUUGUCAUGUAUAUUGGGUCACUUUACUGUAAGUGGCUUCUGCCACAUAUUAAGAUAUCAUAGCUGUACAAUUGAAGCCUAUGUUUUGGCGCCAUUUUGCAACAUUAAUAUGUUAUUUCAAUACUUAUUUAAGUGUUUGCCACACUUACUGCACACUUAAGUCUAGAUUUUGUUUUAAAAAGCUGCUUGGUACAAUUUUCUGCCAGUCCUUCAAGAAUGUCAGAUUUAUUUAUAAUACUUUGUUAUUUAUAAUAUAGCUUUAUCAUCUUUAGUUGUCAAGAGUAUUUAUUUGAGUGUUAUUUAUUACUGUUGCCCUGUAAAAUGAUUGGUAUACAUUUGUAUUGGUUUUGCACAGAAAUUUGUCUUUGCAUAUCCUUGUGCUCUA